AUGGUCAAGCUGCUGCUCGACAAGGGCGCCGACGUUAACGCGCAGGCUGGAGAGUACGGCAACGCACUCCAGGCAGCUUCAGAAAGAGGUUACAAGGAUAUCGUGAAGCUGCUUCUUAAUAGAGGCACAAACGUCAACACGCAAGGUGGAUACUACGGCAACGCACUCCAGGCGGCUUCAGAAGGAGGCCACGAAGAGGUCGUAAAGCUGCUACUUGACAAGGGCGCCAAGAUCAAAGCAAAGGGUGGACACUAUGGCAACGCACUCCAGGCGGCUUCAGCUGAAGGUCACAAGGAAGUCGUGAAGCUGUUGCUUGAGAAGGGCGCU